AUGCAAGUAGCAAAACUUGUGAGGGAUUGGACGCUUGCAAAUGUGAGCGAAGUUGUCGUCAUUAUAUCUCUGAAGCUGAAGAGAAUGAAAGCAAUUCUCCUGCUUUUCGUCUCUGCGACGUCUAUAAAGAUGCAAGAGUUGUGGAAUCAAUACCCACAAUCGAAUGGAAAAUACAUUGUUCCAUACAAGUUCACCGGCGCCUACGAUCCUGAAGAGCGCUUAAUGGUCGAGACUGCUAUGCAGAAGAUUGCUGACAGCACUUGUGUUGAAUUCAGACCUCGCACCAACGAAGGAGAGUUCGUUGAUAUAGUCAACAAGGAAGGCGGGUCGUACGUUGCUUCUCAGUUAUGA